AUGGAACCGUUGGCAUUAUUCAUCCAAUGUUGGCAUACUGUAGUUUGUUGCAUCGGAUUCUUUUUGAAUGGUCUUCUCAUUUAUUUGUGCAUUUUCAAAUCUCCGAAAACCAUUCAGUCAUUUGCAACAUUUAUUAUAAACUUUGCGUUGAAUGAUUUAGUCGAAUGUUUUUUCGAUAUGUUCCUUGCUUAUCGAGUUGUUCCAACUCCUGGAACUUUUGUUAUUUUUUUCGUAUACAAUGGAUUUUGUACUUCUUUUGGCCAAGAGUUCUGUAAGAUUGGGUAAGUUUCAUAUGGUGAAAGAGAAACCUCCAUUCCUAUUUUUAUUCUAGAAACAGUAUAUUUCUUCAUUGUUUACCACAUGGACUGUGGUCUCUUUUGGUUUCUUUUGCUUACCGUCUUUAUAUAUUUUCUAAUACAGCUUUAUCUCGAACUAGAAUUGUUCAAAUUUUACUGAUCGUUUAUAUUCCUUCAUUUGCUCAAAUCUUCCUUUUCGCCCCAAAUUUCAGUGAUCAAGAAACAGCUCAAAGUCGAGCACUGAAGUAUAUUCCUCAAUAUGAUUUAAGAAAUAAAACAAUUGCAUCAAUGUCAGGAAUUGGUAAUUGGUCAGCAUUGUAUUCUCUCGUUCAUAUUUGUGCUCCAAUUUACCCAGUUUAUAUCGCUAUUUUUAUAAUUCGUCGGAAAAUAAUACAAAAACUUGAAUCAGUUAAAAUAAUCUCUAAAGAGACCAAAUCAAUGCAUCAACAAUUAUUGAAAUGUCUAACUUUUCAAGCCUUUAUCCCAGUUUUUCUUUUGAUUGGAGUCUGUUUGUAUCUCAUUUGUCAAUUCGCAAUUUUUAGUCAUCCAAUUAUAGAAAAUGCUGUUUUCUGUAUUGUGAUAUUUAUGCCAACUUUGUCUCCAGUCACUUAUUUAUAUUUUGUUCGACCUUAUCGAUUGUUUUUCAAGAAACCAAAUGAGAUUGCUAGUCGUUUUGCUGAUACUACACGAAACACAAAUUCACAACAACAAAUGUCAAAAGUUGAAAUUUGA